AUGAUCCAAUAUAUCUCUGAAUUAGAGGCAUCGGUUGCCUCUAGUUCCGAAGUUAACUGGAAAGAUGCCCUUGCAAAAUACAGCAUCUAUUCGUUGGAAUUAUCUCAGUUAGAGGAUUUGGUAUCUCAGAAGAAUCUUCGGUCUUUUCUUUCUUCUACGCUUGCCGUGCCGAGGAUUGAUUUUAAGGACCAAAAGGAUGAAGCCUUGCCACGGAAUUGGUUCGGUAAGAUUUUCGCCAAUAUUUCUAGUUCCGAAUAUCCUGUUGAGAUCGCCUCGGAAACGAAAUCCCUAUGCUCGAUGGAGGAUUUUUUUGCUCUAGAUCAGCCCAGGAUUUCUUCUUUGAUUUCCGAAUAUGCGGAAAAGAUCAAGAACCACGACUCCCAUUUUAUUAAUUUGAUAAACCAAAUUGAGCAGGAACAAAUGGGCCUCGCUAAGCCGCAGAGGGCCGCACAGGGCGCCAGCCCUCAAAGCGGCCCUGUGGCUAAUCUUGCCGGCUUGAUCAAGUACCAAUAUGAGCUUUGA